CCUGUUCUUACAAGUUACACACUGAACCACAUUUUCUUUAAGCCAAGUCAUAAGUGAGCUUAAGUUAAUUUUUUUGCGUACUAACUAACGUUGCAAAUGUAAAUAGUUGUCACUACAUUAUUAUUAACGAUGCCACUUCCACCAGCAUUACUUGCACGGCUUCAAAAACGAGGAAUUGUUCAGAUUGAAUCUGAUAUUUUGGAACCGGAUAAAAAGUCGGAAAACGAGAAAAAUCAAAAUAAGUUAAAUUCAGAGCCUGAAGAAGAAGUUAUUGCAGAAGAUUAUGAUGAUCCUCACAAAAUCUCUCAGUCCAUUAUAGAAACAGAUCCCACUGAAGGAGAAGAAGAACAUUUUGCUGUUGGUUGUCCUAAUAAAUACAAUAUUUACCAUGAAUGUACCACAUUUUGUCAUGAGCACUGGGGUUUAGGGAAGAGACAGGCAUCUCCAACAACAGAGAGAAAACGUCUGAGAAUGCUGAAAAAGUACCCUUUACCAGAGGGAUGGGAAGAAGUAUACGACCCCGGCGUGGGUAGACACUAUUACUGGAAUAUUUCUACAGAUGAAGUUUCAUGGUUGUCACCAAGUCAUCCAAAAGCAAAAAUUUCACUACCUGCGGCCAAAUUACGUGCGAUUAUGAAAGAAGCUGAAGAGGAAGAUAUGGAUGAUCAAGGGGAUGAGGACAUGAGUGGCAGUGACUCUGAAUCAGAUGAAGGAGAGGAAAAAGAAGAUAUGGAAGAGGAUGAUCGACGAGGACAUCAGGAAAGGGACAGGCAUACCGGCCGAGACAGAGGUGGACGAGGAAGGCGAAGGCCCGAAGAUAAAGAAUUGGAUCCAAUGGAUCCAGCAGCAUAUUCAGAUACUCCUAGGGGAACCUGGUCUACUGGCUUAGAAAGGAAAGGUGAAGCAAAGACUGGUGCUGAUACAACAGCUUCUGGGCCUCUUUAUCAGAUGCGACCCUACCCCGCUCCUGGUGCUAUAUUGAGGAUGAAUGCAGACAUGAAACCUAAAGUGAAGAAAUAGUUGACCAACUUAUCAUGUAUUACCUGACUUAUUACUGUGGAACAUUCACUUACUAGCAAACAGUAAUUAUUAGGGCACUUGUAUAUAUACACACUCAUAUAUAUUGGUACUGUAGUAAACAUUAUAAAUAAAAAAAUACACUGAAACUUUUA